AUGCCACUCACCCCAAUAUAUCCCUCCGUCCUCCCCGCCCCCUAUAUCCGCCUCAUGCAUCUAGAUUCCGGUCCCAACGAACCAAUCCGUUUAACACUGCAAGAGGUAAACCUUCAAUCCCCACCCCCAUACGAUUGUCUCUCCUACACCUGGUCCGACCCUCUCUACCACGCUCUCAGCCCAGAAGACGAAAUCCAUCGCUCUAAUGAUAGACGCGAACAUCCUAUUCUCUGUAAUGGACAGAGUUUGUUGAUUACGGAAAGUUUGUUGUGUGCUCUUAGGGAAUUUAGUAAAGACAAUGAUGAGGAGGGGAAACAAGGGAGUAAAUUCAAAAAGGAGCGGUUGAUUUGGAUAGAUGGGAUAUGUGUUAAUCAGGAUAGUAUUGAGGAGAGGAAUAUACAGGUAGGUAUGAUGGGAGAGGUAUAUUCGAAAUGCUCACAGGUGAUUAUCUGGCUCGGGGUCGCGGAUUUUCAUUCUCCGUAUGCGAUUGAAGUUAUGAAUGUUCUUUCUAAGAUCCCCGAGAGCAAAUAUUCUGGAUUGCAAAUCACGGAUCUGGAAGAUUGGGAUGUUUAUCCGAAAUUGGGUAUUGAAGAGGUGGAGAAUUGGAGAUGGUUGGAAUAUGCAGCGUUUUUGCAACGCACGUGGUUCAGUCGGAUAUGGGUAGUUCAAGAAGCAUUUUUGCCGCCGAAAGUCGUGGUGGUUUGUGGGAGCGAUGUUAUUGAAUGGGAUGAUAUAACCGCUUGUGCGAAGAUUCUUAGGGAAACGGGUUUGGGGACAUUGUUGAUGCAGUUGUUGAUUGAAUCGGUGGAUGAUGUUGAGGGAACGGUUUAUGUGAAUAAUACUUUGAAUAACCAAUCGAUUUAUCAACGUAUAAGAGAGAUGGCUAUACUAGGGACGGAAGAGAUGGGGAGGUUAUUGGAUCUGGAGAAGUUGUUAUAUUAUUCGAGAUUUUUCGAGGCGACGAAUCCGAAGGAUAAAAUCUAUGCAAUCAGAGGUAUCUGGGAAAAGGGGGGGAAGAUAAUCCCGCUCGAUAUGACGCCAGAUUAUAAGAAUGAUCCAACGACGGCUAGUGUUUAUACAAGAGCGGCUUGGGAAAUUAUAUUCGAAACCAAAGAUCUGAAUAUCCUUUCUCUAGUCGAGGAUUACUCGCUCGCGACUCAGAACCCCAAAUCCGUUCGAGCUAUUGGGAAUAUCCCAUCUUGGGUACCGGACUUUAGCUCCUCAUCUAAUCCGCAACCGCUGGCAGGAAAUCCUAGACCUCAAAGGGGAAGUGAGAGAUGGAAUGCAAGUCAAGGUUUCCCCUUUGAAGUACCAGCUCUCCCGCCAUCAGAAACUCGACAUCUUCUUCCCAUCACCGCUUAUAAACUCGAUACUAUCUCCGAAUACGCAGCCACUCAAGCAGGAAUCAUGGGAGAUGAUUUCGGAUUCAACACUGUGCUCGAACUACUAGCCAACUAUUCAAAUCAAGAAUAUCCUCAUGUUGAUGGUGAUGGACCCACGCAAACACAUUUCGAAGCUUUCUGGCGAACGCUCAUCAAAGAUACUUUUCGAAAACUACCCGCUGGCGAAGAUGCUCGCCAUGCUUUCCAAUAUUUUAUCGCAGUACGCGUUUCUGAAUUGAGUAAUGCAUACCACUACGCACUAUCCCACCAAACUCCCGAUUUACCCCAUCUCCAGAAAAUUUAUAACGCAACUAAACAAUCCAUCAAUACGUUAUCGCAACAUGCGCUCAACAAUGACUUAAUACCCACCUGGACCCAUCUCGAGCAUUUGAUUGAAAUAGCCGCAGAGGAAGAUCUGAGUAAUAUCGAAAAAAAUAAAAUUGGAUGA